UAUCCGCCCAGCCAGCGUACAGCGUCGUUUCGCUCGUAGCGCGGCUUAGUCACAACGUUCACAAAUCUGUCAGUGGACGCCGUGCUGUGCGCACUCUUAUUAUGUGCGAAAUCGUAGCAUUAUGUCCCGUCCACCUCAUCUUCCGGACACGUUUAGUAAAGAUAACGAAUAUGUGCACAUACGAUGCCUUAUUGCAAAUCUCCAUAGGCCGAGAAAUGUGUCGAGACCGCCUUCCGCUGCGAGCGAGGGACCUCCGCUCGAGGUUGUUCAAGAGUCACCGCCAUCGUCGGACUCCGAGCGCAGCGGCUCUGCAUCUGAAAAAUCGGAGCUGAAUACACCGGAUGAGGUGAUACCUCCGCAUCGUGCGAAAAGUAACAGUAUCGCCGGGUCGAGUUUGGCCCCACCAUUGAUACAUCACCAUAAACGGCGGAGGCCAUCCUUUUUGCACUUGCCUAUUGGAAGUGGUAGUGUUGAACACAUGGGUCCCAUGUCCGCAGGGACCCACUUCAAUGUGCCGCGAUUCACGGUAACAGCACCGCCUGGAGAACACCGUCGCAUCAGCCAUGGAUUCGCUGCGUUCCAUGGUUUCGCUCUCCGCCGACAUUCGAACACGAGCCUCCACCGCAGCGAGUCGAUGGUGUCGCUGGCGUGCUUUAAGACGCUCUCGCAGCUGGUAAACAGUGACACUACCGCUGAACUGCAGCAGUACCUCGACAACAAUAAGAACAUCAACAUCGAUGACAGAGACGAAAAUGGAACAACGGCGCUCAUGUGCGCGAGCGAGAACUGUCGCGUGGCGGCGGUUCGGACGUUGCUGGCCGCUGGUGCGGAUGCAUGCGCCUGCGAUGCCGAUGGCUGGACGUCAUUGGCAUUCGCGGCCCGCGGUGGACACCUCAAUGUCGUGAAGGAACUGCUCGACGCCGGCGUACACGUCGACUCUAGAGACUGUGGUGGAUGGACUCCUCUAAUGUGGGCAUCCUAUAAAGGACAUGAAGAUGUGGUAGCACUGCUUUUGGAGAAGGGAGCUGACGUACACGCACAUGGCAACUACAAUAUAAAUUCGCUAGUAUGGGCGUCGGGUCGUCGGCACAGUGGAGUUGUGCAGCGGUUGUUAAGCGCGGGCGCACGCGCCAACUCGUGUGACAAGUACGCGACGUCGGCGCUGACGUGGGCGGCGCGUGCCGGCGACGUCACCGCCUGCACGGCGCUGCUGCGGGCCGGCGCAGACCCCAACACCGCGGGCAUGUACUGCUGGACGCCCCUGUUGCAAGCUUCCCAUGGAAAUCAUUUCGAGAUCGUACAAAUGUUGCUAGAACAUAAGCCUAAUGUGAACGCGUUAGAUAAGGACGGAUACACCGCGCUCGCAAUCGCGUGUAAAGAUGGCUACUACGACAUCGCGUUGGCACUCAUUAACUCCGGUGCUUACAUUAAUGUUCAGGAUCACUCAAAAGACACACCACUGAUACACGCAGUGAAAGGUGGCCAUAAAAACAUAGUGGAGGCUUUAUUGAAGAAACACGUGGACGUGGACCUUCCCGGCAAAGAAAAGAAGACGCCUGUAUACACCGCAGUUGAAAAAGGACACGUCUCCAUACUCAAGUUGUUGCUUGCUUCCAACCCUGACUUAGAACAUAGUACUAUUAGUGGUGACUCGCCAUUAAUGCGCGCAGUAAGAUCGCGUAAUGCCGAGAUGGUCCAGCUGCUGUUAGAACGGAAGGCGCGCGUCAAUGUGGCCGAUAACCGCGGCGACACCGCGCUACACAUAGCAAUGAGAGCACGCUCUAAGCAAAUAGUAGAAAUUCUGCUUAGAAAUCCAAAGAAUAGUCAGUUAUUGUAUAAGCCGAACAAAAUGAAUGAGACGCCGUACAACAUAGAUAUGAGUUACAACAAGACAAUACUGGGCCAAAUAUUCGGCGCCCGGAAGUUGAACACCAACGAGGAUAACGAGAACUUGUUGGGUUACGAGUUGUACAGCGCGGCGCUGGCGGACAUGUUGUCCGAGCCGAGCCUCUCGGUGCCCAUAACCGUGGGUCUGUACGCCAGGUGGGGGUCCGGGAAGUCGUUUUUGCUCAACAAACUCAAGGAGGAGAUGAAGAACUUCGCGCGUCAGUGGUGCGAGAGCGGGUGGUCGUGGUCGUGGGCGGUGUGGUGGGCGGCGUGGCACGUGGCGGUGGCGGCCGCCACGCUGGCCGCGCUGGCCGGCGCGCCGCCCCCCGCCGCGCUCGCGCUCCUCUUCGCGCUCUUCCUCGCCAUAUACCUCGCGCUAUACGUGCUUUGGUACCUGGGAAACAAAUAUGAGUGGUGGUGGGCGGGCGGCGUGUUAUCUGCAUUAGGACAGAGAUUCAAUUCCCUGCUGUUGGUGUUGCAAGUGGUAUUCUGCCACCCUCCUGGUCCUAAUGAUCCAAGGGCUUUACCCGCCACACCUAUCAGGUUCCACUUCACGGAGGGCAUGAAGGGCGGUGGUGGGCAGGAGGGCGAGGCGAUGGUGGUACAGAUGCUGGCCAGCCUCGGGGAGGCGCUCGAGUGCCAGUACGGAAGAUUGUGCACAAGGCUCACCAGGGCCUUCCGCCCCAAGCCAGUGUCCGCUACCUCCGGCUGGAAAUGGCGCCGAAUGUGUUGCAUUCCAUACAUAGUAACAUUCGAGUUGUGCUUCACGUGCGUGCUGAUAGGAUUGUGCGUGCUCGUCAUGUACCUCACUGACAAAGAAGAGAACCAACAGCGGCGUCAAAUCCAACAGGGGCUGAUGGUGUGCGCGGCGGCGCUGGGCGGCGCGGCAGUGCUGGCCAACCUGUACACGUGGGGCCGCGUGCUGGCCGCACUGCUGCGCGGCCCGCGCGCGCGCCUCGCCGCCGCCGCCCGCGGCCCGCACGCCGCCGCCUCCGCCGCCGCCCUGCGGCCCGAGGUGCAGGCCCUCACGCAUCUGGUUACAUGUCUAGACGCGUUCACUGGACAACAGACGCGUUUGGUGGUUGUCGUGGACGCGCUGGACAGCUGCGAACAAGAGAAAGUGCUCGCUCUAUUGAAUGCCGUUCAUGCGCUCUGCUCAGAUCCCAAGAGUCCAUUCAUACUACUCUUGGCGAUAGAUCCACAUAUCAUCAGCAAGGCAGUAGAAAUAAACAGUCGUCGCGCGUUAUCCGAGAGCAACAUUGGCGGGUGGGACUACCUACGGAACAUGGUGCAGCUGCCAUUCUACCUACAGAACUCAGCGUUGCGUCGCGUCAAGAUCGCUCAGCAAGCCGCCACGCGGCGCAUGCAAGCCAUUAACGCUGACGACUUUUCUACCUCUCUGCAGAGAUCUGUGUCGGCCCGGCGGCUGUCGUCGACGUCGGAGCUGAUGUCGAGCCAGGAGCGCAUCAAGGGCCAGCCGAAGGAGAGCGUGGUGGCGGCGCGCGCGCGGCGGCUGCGGCCGUCCGAGUCGGUGGCGUCGUCGGUGGCGUCCGGCCUGCACCGCGCCGCGCCGCCCGGCGCCGCAGACCUCGGCCGCGUGCUGCUCACCGACGACUACUUCAGCGACGUCAACCCGCGCAGCAUGCGCCGCCUCAUGAACGUCCUCUACAUCACCGGUCGUCUUCUUAAAGCGUUCCAAAUCGAGUUCAACUGGUACCAGUUAGCAUCGUGGGUCAACCUGACCGAGCAGUGGCCUUUCCGCACUUCAUGGCUCAUCUACCAUCACGAAACUUAUGAGGAGCACAUCGACGAUUCGACCUCACUCAAAAAUCUCUAUGAGAAAGUUAAGCCCAUGAUAAGUGCUUUACGGGAGGCAAGCACAUUGAUGGAAUUGGACAGAGACGAACGUAAACUGGAAGUAUUCCUAAGUUUCCACCGUACCACGCUUACAGCUGCUGACCUCAAGAUAUUCUUGCCUUUCACAAUCAAUUUGGACCCUUACAUUAAGAAGGUUAUCAAAGAGGAGCAACUGCAAUCCGUAGCGGAAGAAGAUCCAGGGGCGGCAGGAGCUGUGGGAGGCCUACAGUGGGGGACUCCACAACAUAUUCGUCAUUCCCAUCCUCAUUCCAAACUUUUCCAUAGGAAAAAUCGCACAUCGUCCCCGGGCGGACCCGGGCUGGGUGUUGGCAGUGGUGCGGUGGCUACGCCGCAACCGCUGUGGGUGGGCUGGGCCAACACGGCCGCGGGCUACCAGCCGCAGCCGCUGCAACCGCUGCAACCGCUGCACCAGCUGCAGCCGCAGUACGCGCCACAGCAACCCUCCCACCCCGCGUUAGCGCAGAACCCUUACCUUAUGCUCAGAACAGCUUUUCCUGGAUUGAGCGACGUGUCGAACCUGCGACUGUCGACGAUGAGUACGGAGCGCGUGUGUAGCGUGGCGCGGGAGGCACUGGGCGCAAGUGGCGAGUUAGCCGCCACCGCUUUACUUAGACACCACGUAUGUGGCCUAGCGCUCACCGUCUGCCGCCUGCAGGAACUCGAACCGGUACUGGAACUACCAUUCGGCGACUGGGAAUUAUUCAAGCUUCUCAUUAUAAAUCUACGUGAACUGGAAGCAAACAUGCCCACUAACGCGCCAACUGUAACCGUGAUACCUGAUAAAGCAGGUGAUUCAGAGACUGACAGUAUCAAAACAACGAGACCUACUUUAGAACAUCAACGCAGUCGGCCAUCAAAUGUUGAAAAACAGGUGACCCUCGAAGAGCAAAUGAUAUGCGGCGCUCUACAGACUCUAAACGAAGAAGCAAUGGAGGACGUAUUACAGUCGGAGCCCCCUUCCCACCCAGACGAGGAGCACGAACUGCAGCUUCGUGUGACCGCAUCACCUGCCGUCACUCCGCCGCCCGUCCGCCGCGACGCCAUACUCAAGAGCAGCGGCAGUCUACGCGUGCGUAGGGUCGCCGACCCGCCCGCCGUCACCUUCAACGUUGAAAACGAAGAGGACUCUGACGACGGCCACAUUACAUUCAGUGCACGGCCUCGUAGAUCCAACGACGAGGCACCACACAACAACAGAACAGCACGAACUCGACAAGACCGGUCGCGCCCAUCCUCGCUGCUCGUCGCCGAAGACCCCCUCGAUGCAGGACGCCUCUCGACACGCUCACGCUCAGUCGAAGACUCCACGCGUACCGGUUCGCCGGUUGUAGAUCUCAAAUUGAAAAAUCUACGUCGCACCGCUGAGAUUCUUCGGAAGGUGAGUUCGGCAGAACGACUCACGCGUCUCAAGGACAAGAUUCUCUCCCGCGGCAGCGGAUCUCGAGAGCGCAGCCCACCACGUGACGAGACCUUAGGCAGCGAAGACGAAUCUGCGCCACUGGUGUCUUCGUCAGAACAAAGUCACGUGGCCGGUUCCAGUCCCGAGUCCUCACCAACAGCAGCACCUUCGGUGCGUUCGCAUUCGACGAUGGCGUCCUCUUCAGCGCCGUCUAGACCGAUAGAAGUGGACUGCGGGAAUCGUAGUUUGCAAGAUGUCACUGCGAGCUCUGAUUUCUCACCGCGUUCCGAUAUAACCGAGUUAGACUCACCGCGGGAUGGAGCAGCCGAUUUCGACCUUCUACCACCUAAUAAGGCUAAUGAUGAUCGUAGCGUGCCAAGAGUUCAUAUAGAGAGACACGACAGUGGAGCGUCCGUAUCGAAUAUGAUCGAACCUUACAAUAUGCGCCUUCUAGCUCAUGGAUCGUCAGAAAACUGUCGACCGUUGUGGCGUCAGGACGCCCUAGACCCUGGUCCUCCUUGGCCGUGGGAUGAGCCAGAUUCGGCAGUCUGAUUUGAAAUUUUAACAUUAAACGUUGGGUCAUGUUCUAAAGAAAGCCUACUACACGUUAUGUAUAUAGGUGUAAUCACUUUUUGAAGUACUUAUCUACGAAAACGAAUAUUCAUUGUUUAUACGCAUUAUUACAUACAUUUUAAUGAUAAUUCAUAUUGUAACAGAUUCUAGCCCAAAUAAGGGUGUGUGUGUAGACAAUAUAAUGAAAUAGUCGCAAAUGUAUUAUUAUGAUGUUAGUUGCAAAUGUAUCGACAUGUGUUGUUAAAUUUCACGCAAGAUGUAAUUAAAUAUUGCAUUUAAAUGUAAUAUUGGUUUUAUCCAGAAUUGUGAUAUUAUAUCCUUAAGAAUA